AUUUGCUACGUCAGUUUCAUCUCGAAUUCCUUACUGAAUUAUCUGAUCACCUGCUCACGACAUAUUUGCUCUCGCUCCAGGCCCUGUUUUUGCGCGCUCCUCGUUGGAUUUUACGCCUGCCACCUUCCCAAGCUUCAUAGCCUCACGCCAACUCGACUACCCAGAUCAGAAAGCACAACUACCUUGUUUUGGGAUACAAAUUAAGUAUUUUGUUCAUCGCUAUACAGUGCCUGUGUCUGCUCAGGGAACCUCUCCAUUCAGCGAAUCCUAACAGCUGUGGCAAGUCAUUGUUUAUUUUCAAAAUCCGCUGCAAGUCCCUCGACCAACAGUCCGAAGUCAUUUGACCAUCAAAGUGCAGUCCAAGCUGAUGCCAAAGCCUUGUCCCACUGUGGAUGGGUCAAAACCUCCUGUCGCCCCCAAGCCCAAAACUUUUUAUGCAUUCGUACCACAGGAGGAGCAAUGGUCCAAACAGAGCCUCACCAAUGGAGACCUGCGUCACUCUAAUGGGGAAACAGGGCUUAGUAAGAACACUGAUACAAACGAGGAAAAUGAGAUAAAAACUGGGACGGAUAAGGAGAUCAAUGAUGUAAUACAAGUAGAAGUUGCAGUCAAUGCAGACAGCGUGGAAAUAUUUAAUAAGAAUAGUGAUUAUGAUGUUGAAAGCAUUGGCUCUGAAGACACGGCGACAGCAGAUAAUGGUUUGAUUGCAGACACCGCUGACAAUGAGGAUCCUGAAAAUGACUCAAAUAUACCUUACGAGAACCGAAACAAAGAUGGAUGUGUUCUUAUGUCUCCCACAAAUGAAAAUGAAGAGGAGGAAAGCAACAAACAAGAGUUGAGGGGAAAGAAUGACAAACACUUAAAUGAACACGAGGUAGAACGAACAUUUGAUCAAAUGUAUUCACUGAGUCUGGGGGAGACAAACUGUAUUGAAUUUAACUUACCCUCAGAUAACAAUGAGCUCGAGAUUGGAAGAUUUGUGUUUGGAUUUCGCACACUCCCAACGGUCACUGAGGAGUAUCCCUAUGACGUGAUUGGCCCUACAGAUGACACCAGUGACACAUGUGAGUCUUGUGAUCGAGCUGAAAGUGGCGAGGCUGAAGUAUGGCAACCAGAACGAGCCACCAAAGAUGUGUCUGGCUGCUUCCGGUUUACCUCCAGCACUGAAGAUGUGUUUGGCCCGUAUUCUGUCAUUGAAUCUCUUCCACCAAAUAAAACUUGCACUGCUGACCCAGAGUGGGGUGAUGAUGACACUGAGGAAAAUCAGUCAAAUGAUCAGCAAGAAACAGCUGCUUCAAACCCUGAGCCUUUCUAUGUCUCAUCAGAUGAUGUAGACAAACUCGAAGAUAAACAAACAUGCACAGAUCAGGCAGAGGUGGAGGAACAGUGGGAUCAGCACAACGAAAAAGCAAAGGACACUGAGUCAGCAGAUGAGUAUGCAGACAUUGAUGAUUCGUCAUGUCCAAAAGCCGAUGACUUUGAGCAGUUAGAAUGUGUCUCAUCAGAAGAUUAUGUGGAAAUAGGCGAUGAAGAUGAAGAGGAACAGCCAGAAAAGAAACAAGUUAAAGGAAAAACUGUAAAAGAGAGAACAGCUCAACGAGAGCAGGCUCUGCUAAGUCAAAGAAGAAGCUGUCAGCCUCGCCUUAGGUUAUGCAACAUUACUGUGCCAAAAGACCUAGACCUGGGUCGCACGCCGGAGCUAACCAAUAGGGUGGUAUUCGCCCACACCACCGAGGCGUUUGAAGAAGACAUCGAGGAACUUGAUUGCCAUAUUGUGCCUUUCUACGAGGACACGGAUUCAGACAGUGACGAGCAUAUUUAUGAAGAAGCUGGCUUUGACUCUGAGGGGGAGAACUUUUUGAACCUAGAUAGGAAGACAAUUGUGACACGUUCUCGCUCUUAUUCUGGAAAAGUUCCAGGUUAUGUUCCAGAAACUGUGCCAGAAGAGACAGGCACCGAGUACCAAACGCACGACUACUACACAGUGUCCUUGGAUCAGAACAGUGAACCCAUAAUACAUUCCGAAACGCCUCGGGACAACUGCCUUGCCCCAUCAACAAAAUCUCGCCGCUUCCUUUUGUAUUCCCGUUCUGCAGGGAGUACUGAAAUGUCCUUGGCUGACCAACCCUUAAAUGAUGACAUUAAGAUCAAGAGGAAAGAUGACACUCUUUCGCUUCCAUGUGUCAUGACCUCUUCUGGAAGUUUCUCCCAACGUAGCCACCAGUCAUCUAGUGGUGUUUCUACCCCAACCUCUCUAGUAGACAUACCUCCACCCUUUGAACUAGCUUACAUCACCAAGAGACCAGUAACAAAGAGCUCCCCUUCCGUCUUGAUCCAACAUGAUCCCGAUGACAAAUUCAAGAAGAAGAAAAUUUCCUUUAAACGUUUUCUAGCUCUCAAGUUCAAGAGAAAGACAGACUCAAAAGGUUUUAGUGAUGGUUCUGUCCGCUCUUCUCGGUCUUCUUCUGAGUCCAGUCAUCAUGGCCCUUCAAGAGUCAUUGAUCAUGACCGGAGAAGUACCUCAAGCUCUCCUCGCAUAGUAAACCCCCAGCAGUGUUCUUCAGAUGUGCCAUCAACAUUUGUCCUCUAUAAAGAUCAUCAGAGAAGGAAAGGUACCAUCAAAGCUUAUGGCAGAGGUGUUUCCAGAGUUGAAUCUUUUGAGGAACGGUCUCAUCGCUCUGCCAUGCCACUGCCUUUAACAAAACCCCGCUCAAUCUCCUUCCCCAGUGCAGACACUUCUGAUUAUGAAAAUAUUCCUGCUAUGAGUUCAGACUAUGAGAACAUCCAAAUUCCAGGCAGACCUGUCCGAUCGCACACUGUAACGGAGUUUUUUGAGGAUCCAAAUCGCAUGACUGCUCCCUGCAAUGAGAAUGAUGGAUAUGUCGACAUGAAUAGUUUCCCCGGGAUAGACAACAAACCUGUGAAAGCAGACGCUGAAAGUGCCUAUACAGAGCCUUUCCCACUGAGCUCAGUCUCAGCUGGGUCAACUGAGGAGGACCAUGGACGUACCUCAGAAGAGGAAGAUGGUAUUACGGAGCAAAGCUAUGAUCGACAAACUGACGGCCGUUCUCGAGCAUUCUAUGUCGCGAAGGAGAUUCUGGAUUCAGAAAGACUACAUGUCAGUGCCCUCCAGUACCUUCAAGAGGACUUCAGGCCAGCAGUGGCUGAGGCUGUGGACGAGGAUGGGGAUCCAGUUCUGGAGGACCAGAGAUUGGAGGAAAUAUUGGGUGUUCUUCCUCAGGUCUUAAAUCUCCACAGCAGAAUUCUCACUGAGCUGGAAGAGCGCAUUGAUCACUGGGAGGAAGGCCAGAGAGUGGUGGACGUGCUCUUGUCACAUCGUGAUGACUUCAAGGUGUUUGAUACCUUCAUCUCUGAGUAUGAUCGCAGCAUGGCUCUAUUGGAUGAGAGCUGCAAGGUCAAUCCAACCUUUGCAAGCAUAGUCAAGAAAUUUGAGAGGAAAAGUCCAGAAGCUACUGAAGUCCCACUGAAACACCAGCUGCUGCAGGUCAUAGUGAGAGUACUGCAAUAUCGCAUGUUGCUCACAGAUUACCUAAACAACCUGUCACCUGAUUCUAAAGAAUAUGAGGACACACAAGCUGCCUUGGUGAUUGUAUCAGAGGUGGCAGACCAGGCCAAUGACAAUCUUAAACAGGGGGAGAACUUGCUGCGUAUGGUCCACAUAGAAUACAGCAUGAAAGGCAAGAAGGACCUCCUGAAGCCUGGCAGGAUGUUUGUCAAAGAGGGAACUCUCAUGAAGGUAUCAAGGAAAAGCAGACAGCCCAGACACCUUUUUCUGAUGAAUGAUAUAAUGCUAUACACCUACCCGCAGCAGGAUGGGAAAUAUAGGCUUAAGAACACACUGUCCCUGUCUGGAAUGAAGGUGAGCAAACCAGUUCUCGACAAUGUGCUGAACUGCCUGAAGAUCGAGGUGUCUGACAUCACCAUUACACUCUCCGCUAGCUCAGUUGGAGAAAGGGAGGACUGGUUCCACACAUUGAGCCGAGCCAUUGCGGACCACGCUGCAGGACUCUGUACAUUUGGCGGACCAUGUAAUGAGGCCCGCGAGAAACUUUGGAUGGCCUUGGGUGAAGCUGCUCCAGUUAUGGUCCCAGUGGCUCAUGUAAUGAUGUGUAUGAACUGCACCUCUGACUUCAGCCUCACUCUUAGACGACACCACUGUAAUGCCUGUGGCAAGGUUGUGUGCCGAGCUUGUUCCAGGAAUAGAUAUCCACUCAAGUACCUCAAGGACAGGGUGGCCAAAGUGUGUGACCACUGCUAUUCCGAGCUCAGGAAAAGAGGCGGCAGUGUGUCAGGAGCAUGUGGUAACACAAGUCCACCAACUCAUCGGGCCAGUCGCCCUCUCUCCGCAGUUUUCCAAAGCUUACAGACACCGAGCCUAUGGAAGAGCAGGAAGAGCACAUCCUCACUGAAUCAGUUGCCUCUUGAGGUGGAGGGCUCCACCAUGAGCGGCAUGUUACAGCGGCGAAAGAAGAGCAAGAGGAAAUGGAAGCGGCUGUGGUUCCUCCUCAAAGACAAGGUGCUCUACACCUUCACAGCUUGUGAGGAUAAAGUGGCUUCUGAGAGUCUACCUCUACAAGGCUUCACCGUCAAACUGACUGAGUACCCUGAGGGAGAUGAGAGUAGCAACGUGUUCCAUCUCUACCACAAGAAAACACUGUACUACACCUUCAGGGCUGAUGAUCAUCACACAGCACGCAGAUGGGUCAACGCAAUUGAGGAGGCUACAGUUUUAUAGCAGUAGCACAGUUCAAGACUUUUUGACAUUGGACAAAUAAUGGAACGUAAUAUCUAUCAUCUGAGCACAGACCCUUCAUCCAUAGCUACUGUAUAUCAUCUUACCUCAAGAGAGGAAACACAGCUAGAAUGCACUUCGGUAAGAAAUUAAAAGUCCAACAUCUUUCUCAGCAUACUAUCUAGUGUGCACUUUUUUUCUUCAAUGUGCCAAAACUUCUCAUGAGUGUCCAAUCCUCGGGAGCAGCAAGGACAAAAUUACCAUUUUUUUUGUAUUCACAUCUGACAUAAAAAUUACUUUCUUUCUGCCACAUAACUCUUGGACGGGAUUAUAUUUUUCUACUUGAAAGUGAUGUUUCAUUGAAUAAGGGAUUGUGUUACGCCAGUAGAUGUCAUAUUAAACAUUUUUUAAAUACGUAAUACACCUGAAGCCUGAGGUGUCAUGCAAAAAAAUCAAUAGAAAAGGAAAAAAACAACAAUGCAGGUUUUAAAUGCAUCAUAUUUGACAGCCUCAGAAAAAAGAAGGGGGCAUUUUAACAUUUUCAAGGAACCUUUAUUCUGAGUAUGCAUUGUGAACUAAAUAUACAGUGGUAUGAAAAAAUGUGAUCUGAUCUGUCAAAAUCACACAGAUGAAAAAACUGUCUGCUUUAACUAAAAUCACCUAAAAAUGUAUAGGUUUUGAUAUUUUAAUGAGGAUAGUGUGCAAACAAUGACAGAAGGGGGGGAAUAGGUGAACCAUCACAUUUAAUAUUUUGUGCCACCUGCCCCCCAUUUUGGCAGCAAUAACAUCAACCAGACACUUCCUGUUGCUGCAGAUCAGUCUGGCACAUCGAUCAGGAUUAAUCUUGUCCCAUUCCUCGCUACAAAACUGCUGUAGUUCGGACAGAUUCCUGGGAUGUCUGGCAUGAAUCGCUGUCUUUAGGUCAUGCCACAGCAUCUCAAUGGGGUUCAAUUCUGGUCUUUGACUUGGCCACUCCAGAAUGUGUAUUUUGUUCUUUUGAAACCACUCUGAAGUUGAUUUACUUCUGUGUUUUGGAUCAUUGUCUUGUUGCAGCAUCCAUCCUCUUUUUAGCCUCAACUGUCCGACAGACGGCCUUAUGUUUUCCUGCAAAAUAUCCUGAUACUUUUGAAUUCAUUCUUCCAUUAAUGACCGUAUGUUGUCCAGGCUCUGAGGUAGCAAAACCGCCCCAAAUCAUGAUGCUCCCUCCACCAUGCUUCACGGUGGGAAUGAAGUGUUGAUGUUGGCAAGCUGUUCCAUUUUUCCUCCACACAUGACGUUGUAUGUUAUUCCCAAACAAUUUCACUUUGGUUUCAUCAGUCCACAAAAUGUUUUGCCAAGACUUCUGUGGAGUGUCCAAGUGCAUUUUUGCGAACAUUAAAUGAGCAACAAUGUUUUAUUUAAAUUAAUGUUAAUAAGUUAAAUUUUAGACAGCAGUGGCUUCCUCUGUGGAGUCCUCCCAUGCACACCAUUGUUGGCCAUAGUUGUACAUAUAGUUGAUGUGUGCACAGAGAUAUUGGACUGUGCCAGUGAUUUCUGAGUCUUUAGCACACUUUAGGGUUCUUUUUUUACCUCUCUGAGUAUUCUGCGCUGUACUCUUGGUGUCAUUUUUGGUGGAAGGCCACUUCUUGGGAGAGAAGCAACAGUGCCAAACUCUCUCCACUCUCUCUCUGACUGUCGAUUGAUGAACAUCCAGACUUUUAGAGAUGGUUUUGUAUCCUUUCCCAGCUUUAUACUGUACAAAUCAACAAUCCUUGAUCGCAGGUCUUCAGACAGCUCUUUUGACCGAGCCAUGAUGCACAUCAGACAAUGCUCCUCAUCAAGACAUUUCUUACCAGGUGUGUGUUUUAUAGUGUGCCCAGGGCAGCUUUAAACCACUCAUCAGUGAUUGGGCACACACCUGACUUAAAUUAUUUGGUAAAAAUUGGUUUCAAUUCCUCUUUAAAUCUCCUUAAGCAGGGGGUUCCCUUACUUAUUUUCCCCCCUUCUGUCAUUGUUUGCAUGCGAUCCUCAUUAAAAUAAGAAAACCCAUAAAUGUUUGGGUGGUUUUAGUUAAAGCAGACACUGUAUUUUCAUCUGUGUGAUUUUGAAAAAGAUCAGAUCGCAUUUGAUGGUGAUUUCAUGCAGAAAAUCCAAAAGGUUCAGAUACUUUUUCAUACCACUUUACAUACAUAUACAGUACCCUUUAUUUAGUGUUCCAGCAACAGUUCUGUAAAAAUGAACAUAUUUUGUAUUUGUAGGAUUUUGAAAUGAAGGUAAACAAUGUUUCUAAAGUGCCAGUUUCUUUCCACAUUUUGCAUUCAGUGCACUUUGCAUUUAAUAAUUAAUGUGCCUAAUAAUGAUUUAUGAUUGUAAAAUGUUAGUCAAUACUGUACUACUUCUACGUCAGCUUAAGAAGUGUGCUUUUUAAAUCCACUGUACACAUUUUAAUUGCUUAGUAUUUUUAAAAUGUUUAGUUAUAGUCCAGGUAACAACUGUAUAUAUUAUUGUGCCAUUUUAGAGCUGUACAUUUACUGCUAAUUUUAAUCUUAUGUGAUUUACAUGACAAAAACGGCUGAUGUCAAAUAUUGAGAUUCUGAGAGUGCACACUUCCUUAAAAGUUGGAACACUGAUACUUUUCUGAGAGUCCUUUCACACCUAUGGUCUGUUUGUGUUGUCCCAAUUCAGGGAAUAAAUUGAUACAGUACGUAGUCUGGGUUUCCGUUUGGGGCAUUUAUGUUCAAGACAACAUUCUGUAUGGUGUUAAAAGGUAAACAAAGGUCAUCCGCGACCACAAUUAUCACAUAUACAGUAUAAGGCUGAUGCGCACUGUGAGCCAAUGGAGACAGGUGUAAUCACUUGUCUGCCGUUGCAUGAAAAUCAUAAUAGUCCAUGGAGCAUGUAAAUUGAAGUAGCUACUGUAGGUCAGAGACUGGUGCAGAGACUGACCUGCGAAGCCCCUGCAGCAGUGCAGCCCAAUUUAAUAGGCUCACAGCGGACCUUCCCUCCUUUUCAUCAGCACAUCAUUACCAGGUCUGCAUACUUGGCCUUCUUCCUCUCCUGGGCUUCCUCUACCUGAUCUUCCAAGAGGACACGUGUUUGCUCUCCAGGGACAUCAAGACAAUGUCUGGUUGAAGUGAUUAACAGCAAUGGUGUCCGGAAACCUCAAAUGUCUCCCUUGGUCAUCUAGGCGCUGCCAGUCUCUUGCUGUGGCGACCAGGCCUCCUUGGGUCUUCUUGGGUGGUUGGGGCUACUCACCUGCUCGGACGAAGGCAAUUUUACUUGCUAUGAAUUUAUAUUAAAAAACUGCACUAGACAGGAUGUUUCUCCUGCCAUUUGUGUUCGGGACUGUCCAAAAAUGACAAAGUCCUGAGAUGUCUCCUGCUUCCUUUGAAUAUGAUUUUUUUAAAAAGUGUCAAUUAAUGGCCUUUUACUGACAACUGAUAAAGCAAUCAGAACAACAAGCAGUGUUCCCAUUGAUGUUUAGUGAACAUUUUUUGUCUGGGUUAAGUAAUUUGUGGAUAGUUCCUAACACAGACAGCAGUUAGGGAAAAACACAGCGUCCAGCAUUGUUUUUUGUAAAUAACUUUGUAGACAACCAAUGCAGCCGCAAUCUUUUGACGAAAAGUUUCCGUAAUUGUCCUCCACAUACAGUACUACAAUUGUAAGGUAGUUGCAAAUGCAAAAGCGGACUUGCGUGUUAACUACUGAAAGUGAUGCGCAUAUUGAACAUCUGGACAAAUACCUGCUAUCACGGCUGGGAAAAACAACAACGGACCAUUGUAAACAUAUGUAGAGACUUUUUCGUGACUUUUGGUUUUUGUAGUGAGUGUACCUUAUUUUUCAAUCAUCCAGUUCUAUCACCAAACCCCAUUUGAUGUGUAAACAAUAUGGAUGUCACAACAUAAUAGUCACAGGACAUUUGCAAUGGUGCAUAAGAUAAAUUUGUGAGGUUAUUUACUAUCUUUUUAACCCUUUCUUGGUGGUUAAGUGAGAGUUGGGUCGGCUGCUGCAACAGUUCUGCUCUCACGGCUUAUGCAAGCAAGCCGAAACCACCCCAUCCAGACGGUCUCAGCUCGGUUGUUUUGUUCCGCAUCCGAAUGCAGUUGCUGUGUUCACAUACAUAUGUCGAAAGGAAUCCAUCGCAAGGUUUAUUUUGGAACAAACACUCAAAACAGGACAGGUGUGAAAUCGCCUCUUAACUGGUAACGCAGAUGAAAAAAAUAACACACCACAUAUGCUGUAUUUUUGUCAUAUGAAUUUUUGUACCCUCUUCGAACAGAUAAUUAUGGAAAGCCUGCCUACAAUCUUUUCACACUCUAAUGUAGUAAAAAAAAAGCAGACAGGAUCAUUAUAGCUCAUGAAGUAUGCACUGCAUUUGUUUUGUCAGUAAUUUAAUUACCAAAAAAACACCAUAUUUUGGAGAUUGUUCAUAUUCAUACAGCAUCCAUGGGUUUCUUGAUAAGCAUUUGCUUACAUUAUAUUAUUUUUCUGAACUAUUUAUUGUCUCAGAAUAUAAUGUCGAAAGAAAACUGGAAUCCAAAUGAGGGGCUCACGGUAAUUUCCAUUUUCUAAUUGUUCUUUGUUUUGCAGGCCUUCAAUUGUCACAUGAGAUUGUACCUCUUGUAUACAGUGCAUUGUAAAAGUAAAUGUUUAUGUAUAUAGAUGCAUAUUAAACUCAACU